UUUACUGUUACUAUAAUCUAAAGAUAAGAAUUUCUUGCAUCAUUUACGACAUAUUUUAUUUAUAAUAUACACAUUUUUAGAAAUCAUGCAUACGCACGCACGUCGGUUUAAAUCGCUUAAAUUUGGCGCAAUUUAAUUUCUACUACUUAUCACGUGACAGUUUUUCGUUCGUCUUUUUCAAAAACAGACGGCGCUAAGAUCGUUCUGGUGCGUGCACGCUGCAUUUGCGUGUAUUUGAGUAUUUCAAAUCAUUAAAAUAAUAUUUUUUUUAUAUCGAGCAACGAUUUUAAUUAUUAUUUUUAUAUUUUACUAACAAAAACACGUAGGAACACUUUUUAAUUUUCUUAAAAAUGAGUGUAAUUUCCGAAUCCGAGAAGAAACGUUUGCGAGCCUUGAAGGAGAGGAAACGAGCGUUUAAAGCAAAGGGACAAAUUAUACAGCAAGCGUUAAGUAACUUGAAUAAUACUACAAAUAAUAAGAAAAUUAUAUUUGAUGACAUUGACGAGCAAGAUCCGAAGCCAAAGAAAAAGAGAGAUCUGUUUGACAGUGACGAUGACAACGGCAAUGAAAAGGAUUCUCUAUGGAAUGAAGAUGAAUUUAAAGUCAACAAAAGUAAAAAGACCACUCUUGGCAAUGACGCACGUUUUACCCUAGAUGAUCGUUUUGUAGAAGACAGUCGUCAGACGGAGGAAAGUAAAGUUGUUGAAGGCAUCGAUGAGUGCAAUUUGCAGAAGGAGAAGGAAAAACAAUUGGAUAUCUUAGAAAGUAUCUUAGGAACACCACUUACCACAAAAAAUCAAGAAGCAAAACCCACCAAAAAGGAAUUGAUGGUACGAUAUGAUCCAACUGAAAAUGGACACUGCGAGUACGAGGUGAAAACUGCACGACCGGAGAUCAAGGAGAAAAGUACUAAAAAAAAGAAACGUAAUAAGUCUUUGCCAGAAACUGAGGAGCCUGCGCCUGCAGAACCAGAAGUAUCAAAGGAUAUUUAUUAUGCUGUAUCUGAUACCUUGACGGAAAGCUUGAAGCAGAAAGGGGAAUUUAGUUUAUUGAAAGCAUAUGGGAAGGAAAGAGAUGACACAGAAAAUGUCAAGGAUAGUGAUACAUCCACUGUGGAAAAUAAUAGAGCCCAAAAAUUUAAAUUUAAUUUUAAUGCAAAUAACGUAUUUAAAUAUGAUUCAUCUGAUAAUGAAGAUACACGUGAAGUAGCAGAUAAUCAUAUAGAUAAUCAAAUGGUUGACGAGACUGAAGAAGAUAUUCAACAGAAUAGCCUGUUUGGCCAUAAAGAUACUCUAUUUUUUGACAGCAAUGAUGUAAGAUUUAAUGAGGCUGUAAAAUUCUUCAGUACAGAAGCUGCUUCAAAUGAUAAACUUAACGAUUUAAGACGCGAAUUGAAAACAAUUGUACGUAUGAAAAUUCGUAAUAACGAGAGGAGACAUCAGCCGUACGGUAAGAAAAGAAAAAUUAAAAAAUCCCAAUAAUAUUUUUCUAUUGUCUUUGACUAUCUAUAUUUGUAAAAAUGUAAUAAUAAAUACAAAUUGUAAUAUUAUUCUGGAUGGAUAUUAUAUUCCAUGUGUAAAAAAUUUUUUGUAUUUAUGUAUAAACAGUAAAACAAACAAUAACUUUUUAAUAGAUUUGCUGUACACGUGAGCAUUUUGCAUAAAUUCGUAAAAAAAUUAUAGUACAACGUAGAACAUUCUGACGAUUAAAGAUUUUUCCAAAAAGAUUCAUUUCCCGAAGUUUGUAUAAAAUGUAAAAUUUUUUAUGCAGUAAAAGAAAAUUAUUCCAGUAAAAUACAAUAAUUU